GAGGCCCAUCAUUCAUCGAAGAAAAUUGAUCACAGUUUUAAUUUAACAAUUAAGUAAAACCCUAAAACAACAAAACUCAGCAGCUCCAUCAACUGACCGGAAAACCUUGGCGGAGUUGGUCGCCGGCCUCCAGAAACUAUUGAAUGGAGUUGCCUCUGGUUAAUGGUGAUACAAUGAUUGAUGAUGAAACCGAAUAUUUGAGUGAGGAAAUGUCACCAUCUGAAUCAGAAUCUGAAGAAGAUGUGAAAUUAGCUGAACCAUCUAAAAUUGCAGUAAAUAACAGAGAUGCUCUAUUAGAUAAACUCGGAGACAUAAGCUGGCCAGAGAAUGUGGAAUGGAUACACAAACUCUCCAUUGAUAUUGAUCAAGAGCAGGAAGUAGAUGUUAAUGAUGACUUGGCACGAGAGCUUUCAUUUUACACUCAGGCAUUGGAGGGAACUAGACAGGCCUUUGAGAAACUUCAUUCUGUGGGUCUCCCUUUUCUUAGACCUGCAGACUACUAUGCAGAAAUGGUGAAGACAGAUAGCCACAUGGAAAAGGUGAAAAGUCGGCUAUUAGAAGAGAAGCGGAAGAUGGAAGAGGCUGAAGAGAGGAGAAAGGCCAGGGAGGCCAAGAGAAUAUCUAAAGAGAUUCAGUCACAGAAAUUAAAAGAAAGGGCUAAGCAGAAAAAGGAGGACAUUGAAUCUGUUAAGAAAUGGAGGAAGCAGAGACAACAGAGUGGGUUUGCUGACAAUGAUGGAGAUAAAGCUUUUGACUUUGAGGACGGGAAAGGGUUUGAGAGGGCAAAGAAGAAAAGGCCUGGAGUAUCUCCAGGCGACCGAUCAGGAGGUAAGGCAAAGCAAUCCUUUGGAAAGGGAAAGAAGCCAAAUAAAGAAGUUAAGAAUUCCAAAUUCGGCUUUGGAGGCAAGAAGGGAUUGAAGAAGCAGAAUACAGCUGACACUACUAAUGAUUUUGGCAGAUUCAAUAAAAAGGGUGCUGGUGCUGGAAAUAAAAAGAGAAAGAGGUAAAAUACGACGGUAUUGGUUUGAAUCGUAUUAUCAGGAAGCAAUGCAACAGAAUAUGCUAAUGGUGCUAUCCUCUGAAUUUUCGUUAGCUCUGAUAGUUCAAUUUCGUAGAUGGACUUAUGUGACUUUAGAACUUAAUCAACAAUUAUAAAUUCUUAUAUAUCUACUCCAGUUUUGAGGCUUUGUUAAAUUACUAACAGGUAUGUGAUGUAGCUCUUUUGAGUAUACAAUACAGUGUAAUGUAGACAUACCUGAAGUGUUGUUUUUCUU